UUGUGGCAUAACGCUCGCGGCGAGUAAAUGCGGGCGGUCGAAAUGUGCUCGCACACACGUUUGCUACUCUUCGUCAUCUUAAAUGUGGUGUUAGUAGAUAGUAAGUAUCAAAAUCGGCGGAGUACAAGAAAGUUUCCAGCUGGGUUUCGCUUUGGCACCGCGACAGCCGCUUAUCAAGUCGAAGGAGCCUGGAAUGAAGAUGGAAAAACUGAAAGUAUAUGGGAUUACCUGACACAUACGAACCCCAGCGCGAUCCGAGAUGGUUCGAACGGUGACACUGCCGCUAAUUCCUACCACUUGUAUAAGAGAGACGUGGAGAUGAUGCGAGAGUUAGGCUUGGAUUAUUACAGAUUUUCUUUAUCUUGGCCUCGCAUCCUACCCACGGCAUUCCCAGACAAGAUUAACGAAGCUGGAGUGGAGUACUAUAAUAACUUGAUAGACGAAAUGCUUAAAUAUAAUAUAGAACCCGUGGUCACGAUCUAUCAUUGGGAUCUGCCGCAGAAACUGCAGAAGAUGGGUGGCUGGUCGAAUCCGUAUAUAAUCGACUGGUAUUCAGAUUUUGCUCGCGUCUGUUUUAAAUUAUUCGGACAUAAGGUUAAAAAAUGGAUCACGAUAAACGAACCGGCACAAAUUUGUGACUUCGGUUAUGGCAGGGAUUUACUAGCUCCUAUGCUUCAAAUACCAGGAGUUGCCGACUAUAUAUGUGCCAGGAAUUUGCUGCUGGCUCACGCGAAAGCAUAUCACAUAUACGAUAAAGAGUUUAGACCAAAACAGAACGGUGCUAUAUUCAUUUCAUUGAGUGCUCAAUUUUAUUCAUACGAAUUUGAAAAAUACAAAGAAGCCGCUUUAGAAGCAAAUGACUUUAAUUGGGCCAUAUAUUCGUAUCCUAUAUUUUCUAAAACUGGCGACUUUCCACCUUCUAUGAAAAAAAGAGUGGCGCGGAAGAGUGCUGAACAAGGCUUCUUCAGAUCCAGGCUUCCGGAAUUGAACCCUGAAGAAAUCGCUUUCAUCAAAGGCACUUCAGAUUAUUUUGGUCUCAAUCAUUAUUUCUCGUACUACGUGUACAGAAAUGAUUCGGUGAAUGGUAUGUUUGAAUCACCCUCCACUGACGACGAUCUUGGAGUUGCCACUUACUUCGGAGAUCGGUGGCAAAUCGGAGAGUCUAAUGCUACCAUGUUCGUGCCGAAGGGUUUCUAUUAUCUUUUGACGAAGAUAAGAAAUGAUUACAACAAUCCUCCGGUGUUUGUGACCGAGAACGGCUUUGCGACACGCGGCGGGUUGCGGGACGACGACCGCGUCACUUACUACCGCUACUACAUCUCCGCCAUGCUGGAUGCCAUCGCCGAGGGCUCUGACAUACGCGCCUACACCGCUUGGAGCAUGAUGGAUAACUUUGAAUGGACGGCUGGUUACACAGAGCGUUUUGGUCUGUACGAGGUGGACUUCUCGAGUCCGAAUCGAACGCGCACGCCACGGAAAUCCGCCUUCAUCUACAAACAAAUUGUACGCACGCGCGAACUCGACUGGUACUAUGAACCUGAAAGUUACGUCAUGACUAUAGAUAAGGGACAUUAACAGGUAUACUGCAAAAUUCUUAAGAAUG